AUGCAAGGACCCGCAGAUCAGGGAUACCAGCUCGGAGUCGAUGUGGGCGGCACAUUCACAGAUGUCUUCGUGUUUACCCCGCUCGGCAAGACUGUUCGAGCAAAGGUUCCAACCACACUGCCUGAUCAGAGUAUUGGCAUUCAGCGGGGUAUUUCCAAGGCGCGCGAGACGUUGAAAGAGCAAUUUGGCUGGUCGGGAACUUUUCAAUUCAUUCACCAUGGCACAACAACUGCGACAAAUGCUGUUCUUGAGGGGAAGGGCGCGCGGACGGCGCUGAUUGUCACGGCUGGUCAUAAGGACGUUUUGGCAUUGCGUCGCUCACAAAUACCGGGUGGACUAGGUGCUUGGUUGCACUGGACACCCCCUGAGCCGAUUGUGCCUCUUGAGCGAGUGGUUCAAUGCAAAGAACGGAUGUCUGUUCAGGGAGAGACAGUGACGCCAGUUGAUAUUGAGGACCUGCGACGCAGUCUCAAAGAUCUUGCUCGGCAUAAGCCAGAGGCUGUUGCUAUCUCCUUGCUGAACUCGCACAGCAAUGAUUCCCACGAGCGAACAGUCGUAGACGCUGUUCGAGAGGAACUUGGGACAGACAUUGCGAUCAAUUGCUCCGCUGAUGUUCUGCGUGAAGUCGGCGAGUACGAGCGGACAGUGACAACCUGCACAAAUACCCUUGUCAAGCCCGUAGUGGAGAAAUAUCUUCAGAGUCUUUCCGAGGCACUCGCUGCUGAAAGCGAGGCUAUCCGAGUACUCAAGAGCGAUGGUGGACUGACCAGUCUCACCCUGGCUUCUGAACUACCGGUCAAUAUCCUCAUGUCUGGACCCGCCGGCGGUGUCAAAGGGGUAGCAGAUGUGGUCGCACGGAGCACUCCAUACAAGAAUCUGAUUACCUUGGAUAUGGGCGGAACUUCAACUGACUGUGCAUUGAUCUACAACGGUCAACCCCAGCUCCGACGAGAGACUGUUGUCGAGAGCCAUUCUGUUCGCGCGCCUGCGGUGGACAUCAAAACCGUCGGGGCCGGAGGAGGCUCCAUCACGACGUACAUGGAGCUGACCGAAACGCUACGGGUGGGCCCCGAAAGUGCUGGAGCAACGCCCGGCCCUGCGUCCUACGGAAAAGGCGGCAAACAAGCGACCGUUACAGACGCGAACUUGGUCCUUGGGUAUUUGCCCAAGACACUGCUAGGUGGCGAGUUUGCACUGGAUGUCCAGGCUGCCAUGGCUGCUGUUGAGGAUAUUGCAAAGCAAAUGAAUCUUCCCGUCAUUCAGACAGCAGAGGACAUCAUAAAUAUCAUCAAUGAGACCAUGUACGGCGCCUUGCGGUUAGUUUCCGUGGAGCAGGGCUAUGAUCCUCGCGAGUUCGCGCUGGUCGCUUUUGGCGGUGCCGGCCCGCUCCAUGCGAAUGCUGUCGGCGAGCUUCUAGGUGCUUGGCCUGUGAUAAUCCCACCCUCGCCUGGAAUUCUAUGUGCACAGGGUGAUGUGACCACGAAGCUGAGACAUGAACAAUCGACCACCUUCAUUCGCAUUGUCUCAUCGACGACGGUCGCCGAGGCUAGUGAGCUAUAUCAAGCCCUCGAUCGGGAUUGUCGUGAGACUCUGUCGAGGACUGCUGGUGAUCAAUGGCCGGUAACAUGGCAAACCGCAUACCAAGCAGACCUUCGAUACAAGGGUCAAGCUUUGACAAUCACAAUUGAUCUCACAGAGAGUGAGUUGGCCUUGAGCGAUGAAGAGUGGCAUCGUGUGCUGCGGCAAAAAUUCGAUCAGCAGCAUCAGCAGAUGUUCACUUAUUGCUUGCCAGACUUUGAUCUUGAGUUAAUGAGAUUGGGGGUUGUCCUGGAGGAUGCGUCGCCUGGAAUCGAUAUCCCUCAAAUCGAGAAAGGGACUAACAUCCCUACCGAUGCCAAGAUCGGCGAGCAGAUAAUCAUCGUCAAAGGCGAAGAGAACCUUGCGACCUUGUGGGAUCGUCAGAAAAUCAGCAAGCAGGGAACUCGAGUAGAUGGACCGUGCAUCAUCUCUGAGAUGGAUAGCAACACCCUGAUCCUGCCUGGCUACUAUGGCGAGAUUGACAACAUCGGUAACAUUCUCAUCAACCCUCUGGAGCGCAAGCCCGCUGUUGCUACCUUGCACACUGCCGAGUCAGCGAAGGAACUUGUGAAGUCCACCCCGUUGUUACCAACACUCAUAUCCUCAACACUUGCUUCGAUUCGUGGUGAGAUGGACAAGAUGAUGCUGCGAUGCAGCAUGUCUCCAGCAAUCAGAGAGCAACAGGAUGAGUUCAACGUCAUAACCGACCGUGAUGGCAAAAUGCUUGUCGGCCAAUUCGGAAGCUUCAUCACACAGUUCCUCGAUGUAUGGGAUGGAUCAAUCGAGGAGGGCGAUAUUUUUAUCACCAACGAUACCUACCAGGUGCAGGGGGCGAUCAGUCACCUCAACGACAUCAUCGCUUUCUUGCCGAUCUUCCACGAUGGUCGAAUCAUUGGAUUCGCGUCGCAGUUUGGGCACCUCACUGAUGUGGGUGGUAUUGUCCCCGGAAGCAUGUCAAUCAAUGCAACUUCAGUCUUCGACGACGGUGUUCAGAUCCCAUGCAUCAAACUUUAUACCAAGGGUGUUAUGAACAAAGAUUUGGUUGAUCUACUUUGCCGCAAUUCCCGCCAACCAGCCUGGUAUCGUUCCGAUUUGACCGCGAUCGUUGCGUCCUGCUCAAUGGCCGCAACUAGAGUUCGUGAAUUGGCGACUCGGUUCGGCGUAGAAGUAUAUCUUGCUGCAUGCUCUGAGCUAUUAGAUCGGAACCGAAAUGGCUUUGCCAAGAUCAUUGAGCGGCAAUUCGAUGACCUCGAAAGCAAGUUCACCGACUUCGUUGACGAUGACGGUCACGGAGUCGGACCUUGGGCCCUGACAUGCUCCAUGAACAAGGUGGACGGGAACCGCCUGAAGUUCGACUGGAGCGGUACUUCACCCCAGAGCGAACGAAGUAUCAACUUCUAUCUCUCAGAGACAAUGUUCCGGAUGUUCAUCGGCUACUAUCUCAUUGCAGCAGCAGCCCCAGGAACAGUCAUCAACGAUGGCUUCCACGAUCUGAUCGACGUGCAUAUCCCGAAAGGAACCGUUCUCAAGCCCGUUCGCCCUGCACCCAUCUCAUGCCGCACUCACUUCCUCGGUCGGACUUUGGACAUUGUCCAAGCCUUGAUCGGUCAGAAGCAAGACUCUUACCAAGCAGCAGCAGGAUUCAGCGACUCGCCGCACUUCUUUUACUCUGGAUUCAAGCCGGACGGCGAGUGGUACCAGCUUUACCAAAUCGGCUUUGGUGGUGUACCUGCCCGCCAGGCCGGUGAUGGCCCCGACUGUCACUGUCUUUUCCCUGCUAUUAAGUCCAUUCCCACGGAGAUCAUCGAGCUCAACUACCCGCUGCGCAUUGAAGCGAAUGAGAGUGUUGCCGAUAGUGGCGGUGCCGGGUUCUAUCGCGGUGGCAACGCACAGCGCACGCGAUACCGAUUCCUCUCACGUGGAGAGUUCAGUCUGCAUGAUGAUCGGUGGUUCACGAAGCCAUGGGGGUUGAAGGGCGGAAAGCCGGGACAGCGGUCGCGUAAGACUUUAUUCCGAUACUCCAAGUCCGAGACUAGCCCACCCAUUGAAAUUUUGCCUUCGAAAUGUGAUCAUGUCCGUGUCGAUCCUGGAGAUCUACUCGAAUGGGUGACGUGGGGUGGAGGUGGUCUUGGUGAUCCUUUGACGCGUCCUGCCGAGAAGGUUGCGUUGGAGGUGCAGCGGAAGCUUGUCACGGUGGAGGGCGCUCGUGCCGCAUAUGGGACCGUAGUCAAUGAUGACUUCUCGGUGGAUGAGGUUGCGACCGAGAGGCUGCGCUCGGAAAUGCGUCUACAAAGCAUGAAGAUCGACCAGCCUUCGGUGUAUGAUCGUGGAGGUAGUAUUGAAGAGCUGCGAGGAACUUGUUUGGAGGAGACUGGCCUUCCUGCCCCGUUGCCGCAGUGGGAAACCGAUCUCUAUGGGCCUCAUGCUGGAUUAUCAUACGUUCAAGAUUGGUUCACUAACAUGCGAUCGCGCAAAGGAUGGGAGCUGGACUAA